AAAAAAUCAAAAUACCCUCUCUUGUUUCAAUUUCUCGUCUUCAUCUUCUCCAAUAGAACCCUAUAUUAAGCCCUAGCCCCCAAAACCUAUCACUGCACAACGAAACAGCUUUCCAAAUCACAGGAGCUUAACGAACUCUUUCUCUAUCCAGAGCUUUCUUUUCCUUUCCAAUCUUCAGUGCAACAAUGGCGUUCAAGAAAACCUUAACCCAGUGCCUCUUCAACGUUUCCACACAGGCUCUCACUAAAUGUCGCGUUUCGUCACCGCGGGUUCUGGCCCGAACCAGAAUCCCUCAAAACGCUAGUCAGUCAACUAUCGCGCACGAUCCCGGAGACAAUGCCAUGUUCAAGAGGUUUCUCCACAGGAGAGCAAUUUCUCAGAUUGAUAUGGUGCCAGUGUGGGUCGGUGAUAAACUUAUGGACAAACUGCUGGAGAUCGACAUUUCCAAAAACCGGAUCCAAUUGGACGGACUGAUUCCUCCGCCGGCUAUGUCUCCAGAGAAGACGUCGCCGGCGGUUCCCGGCUCAUUGACGGCGGAGGAUACGAAAAAGUUGCUGAGGGUUGCGCAGUUGGAGUUGGUGAAAAUGAGGCUGAGAGAAACGGAGCAAAGCUGGGUACCGUAUUCGGAGUUUAUUUGGAACUGUGCGGAUGCUUGUGCAGAUCUGGAGCAAGGAAUUCGAAUAGCCAAGAUGCUUGACGAGUCCGGAGCAGUCGUCGUGUUGGGAAACGCAGUUUUGCUGAGGCCGGAACAGGUUGCCAAAGCAAUUGGAGGUCUAAAUCUAAUACCAUCGCCAAUAGCCAACCCAGACGAUCCAAGAAGAAAGGAAUUCGGAGAAAUGGAAAAGCAGAAGGCCAAGAUUGAGAAAAAAGCAGAGUCCUUGGUCCGCCGAGAACUCUGGUGUGGACUGGGGUUCGUAGUAUUCCAAACGGCCGCAUUCAUGAGACUGACUUUCUGGGAACUCUCAUGGGAUGUGAUGGAGCCCAUUUGCUUCUAUUUCACUUCCAUGUACAUCAUAGGCGCCUAUUUCUUCUUCCUUAGAACGUCCAAGGAGCCUACUUUUGAAAGUCUCUACCAAAGCAGGUUUGGUGCAAAGAUGAAGAGACUAAUGAAGAUUCACAGUUUUGAUAUUGGGAGAUACAACCAGCUCCGAAGAGCUUGUGAUCCCUACUCUUCAUUGUCAGAUCCUGCAGAGAAGUAGCAGUUUCUGUGCUUGAAAAAUGACAUGAUGAAUGUUGAUUGGCAUUCUCAAAAUUAACCCUUUUUUUGAUCUAUUCUGUCAACUUAGAACUAGGUGCGGCUUUCUGUACAAUAAUGUGGAGAGAGUUAUGAUUUUUCCCUAAAUGUGAAUCUACCAAGACACAAUUGUGUAUUGUUAUGCAUUUGAAGGUUUAUCACUAAUCACUUGCUCCUGCAGAUG